AUGAGAAUUUGUGCUGACGGUGUUCUCUCCGAAGGCUAUGACGGGGCAUCAUUUGGUGGUGUCCAGACCUUUGGGCCGUUUCUGAGGAAGUUUGGACGAUGGAGCGAGGACAAGGAGGAUUAUACAAUCCCGACCAAUGUUGUCUCGAUGAUGAACAGUUUACCUAUGAUCGGAAAGUUCCUUGGAGCUGUCAUUGUCGGGCCGAUGAUUGAGAGAUGGGGGCAUCGCCUGUCCAUGGCCAUAACGUGCUGUGUUCAGGUUGUAGGAACAGUUAUCCAAGUAACGAGUCAUAGCCCAGCACAAUUCAUCGUCGGCCGGAUGCUCAUCUACGGUGCAGUCGGCUUAGUAGAGAACGUCGUACCAACCUACGAGUCGGAAAUCUGUCCGGCACCUCUAAGAGGUUUCUGCGUGGGAUCUAUUCAGUUAUUCUUGACAUUUGGAUCGCUUAUUGCCGGUGUCGUGAACGAGGGACUGUCCAAGCUCGACACUGAUGCCGGAUGGAUGGUUGCAACAGGCAUCCAGAUGGUCCCAGCUCUUAUCAUCCUGACUGGGCUUUAUUUUACUCCAGACUCUCCGCGUUGGUUAAUCUCAAAGAACCGGCGAUCCGAUGCCCUCAAAGCCCUGAAGGUGUUUCGACCUAAACAGCAGGUUGAAGACGGCCGUUGUGAGCUGGAGAUUAUUGCUCUAGAGAAUUCCGACAACAUGCAAGAGAAAGCACCUUGGAAGGCUCUUUUCAACGCGUCCAAUCGACGCCGCACUUCCAUCGCACUGGUGAUCAUGGCCUUACAGCAGCUGACAGGCGUCACCUUCAGUAGUUCCUACGGCCCAACGUUCUACAAACAAGUGGGACUCGGUGACAAGGCAUUCGCAUACGCUGCCAUCAACAACGCCGUAUCUGUUGUCACCGCGGUCAUCGGAAUGUACAUGUUCGAUGUCUUUGGCCGCCGCGACCUCACCUUGCACGGCUGCUGGGGCCAGGCCCUCUUCCUAUGUCUGAUCGGUGGACUCGGGGCAGAGUCUAGUCGAUCUACAUCUGAAACAAACGGCAUGGUUGCCUCUUUCAUCCUGUAUGCCGCCAUCCUGCACGCCACCCUGGGCCCAGCAGCAUAUAUAACAGCCGCGGAAGUUGGAACAGCCACGCUGCGUGAAAAAACCAUGGCCAUAUCGACAGCCUGGAACGUCGUCGUCGGCUUCGGCGUCGUCUACUCGACGCCCUAUCUCCUCUCAACGCCCGGUGCGAACCUCGGCGCCAGACUCGGCUACGUAUGGGGAGGCUGUGCCGCAGUCGGUGCAAUCUGGGUCUGGUUCUUCAUGCCUGAGUUGAAGGGACGCAGCUUGGAAGAUGUCGACGAGCUAUUUGCUGCGGGCCUUCCGGCUUGGAGGUUUAAGCAAUACGAGUGCACGGGGAUAAACAGGGACAUGCUUGCUAAUUACCAGGCGAAGAUGGAGGAUGAUAAGGGUGAAGAGAGGGUUGAGUUGGAGAAUGUUUAG